UUGCUCUCUAUCUCUCUUUUCCGGAAAGGAAAGAAAUUCGUUCGCUGAUAUUUUCUGCUUCUCUUCGCUUCGCAUUUUGCUUUUUCUCUACACAAAAUAUUCCUUUGGUAUUUCUGCAAACCCAGUCUCUGUGUGUGUUUUUGCGAUCUUGGCUUCAAAACCAAAGCUAUUCCUUUGGGGUCUCACGAAGAGAUGUUCUCCUCUUGAUUCAAGUCACUCAGUUAAUUUUACAAAGCCACUAUGGAAGAGGAGAAUAACGUUACUAGCUCCCCUUCACCGCGGCUUAGGCAUCGCAAACGCUCAUCUACUGAGGCUGUUCUUGAUGGGAACCCAAGCCCUCUCCUUGUUAAUGAUCAAAACAAGUACAAAUCUUUCAUGGUCCGGACUUACUCUACCUUAUGGAUGAUUGGUGGGUUUGUCAUGGUUGUCUACAUGGGUCAUCUCUACAUCACUGCCAUGGUGCUUGUCAUCCAGAUCUUCAUGGCUAAAGAGCUCUUUAAUCUCCUUAGGAAAGCACCUGAGGAUAAGUGUCUUCCUGGAAUUAAACACCUGAAUUGGCACUUCUUUUUCACUGCCAUGCUUUUCGUGUAUGGCCGGAUCCUUAGUCAACGCUUAGCUAAUACUGUAACUGCAGACCAGUUCCUUUACCGGCUAGUCAGCGGCCUUAUCAAAUACCAUAUGGCUAUCUGUUACUUCUUGUAUAUUAUAGGUUUCAUGUGGUUCAUUCUGACAUUAAAGAAGAAGAUGUACAAGUACCAGUUUGGCCAAUAUGCAUGGACCCACAUGAUUUUGAUUGUCGUCUUUACUCAGUCCUCCUUCACUGUUGCCAACAUAUUCGAAGGAAUCUUCUGGUUUCUUCUUCCAGCAUCUUUAAUUAUCAUCAAUGAUAUCUUUGCUUACAUUUUCGGUUUCUUCUUUGGAAGAACGCCCUUAAUCAAGCUAUCUCCGAAGAAAACAUGGGAGGGAUUCAUUGGAGCUUCAGUGACAACUAUCAUAUCUGCAUUUUUUCUGGCAAAUAUCAUGGGUCGUUUCCCAUGGUUGACAUGCCCAAGACAGGAUUUGUCCACUGGCUGGCUACACUGUGAUGCUGAUCCAUUGUUCAAGCCUGAACCUUUUACUUUACCUGCGUGGAUUCCAGGAUGGUUUCCUUGGAAGGAAAUAGAGGUCCUCCCUGUUCAGUGGCAUGCUUUAUGCCUCGGUUUGUUCGCAUCAAUCAUAGCUCCUUUCGGUGGGUUUUUCGCUAGCGGGUUUAAAAGAGCAUUCAAAAUCAAGGACUUUGGUGAUAGUAUUCCAGGACAUGGUGGGAUCACGGAUAGAAUGGACUGCCAGAUGGUAAUGGCAGUAUUUGCUUACAUAUAUCUUCAGUCAUUUAUAGUCUCCCAGAGCGUUUCCGUUGACAAAAUCCUGGACCAGAUAUUGACGAACCUUACCUUGGAGGAACAACAAGCUCUCUUCAUCAGAUUAGGGCAAAUGAUUGGUCACUCAUAAUUUCCCUGUUCAAAAAAAAAAAACUCUUCUUCAGGUUCUCAAAGAACAGGUUCUGUAACACUGCAAUGUACGAGACAAUAAUUGGAAAUUGGAUAAGAUUUGUUUUCUGGCACUGUAAAUCCUCUUGAAGGUUGUCGAAAUUAAAAGUUUUUUUCUAGUCUUCUCAUUUGAUACAAUAGGUUUGAAGUUGUAUCUACUUAUCUAGUAGCAUAAGUGGUUCAUUUGUAUUUGUAUCUGGUUAAAAUUUAAACGCACUUAUAUUUUUUUUUGUUCCACGAUUCU